AACCACUUUGUGUGUGAAAAGAUGGCCAUGGAGACAGAAGACCCCAACCAGACUGUGGUGAGCCACUUCUGUCUGGAAGGUCUGAUGUACACAGCUGAACAUCCUACCCUCUUCUUCCUCCUCUUCCUCCUCAUCUACAGCAUUACCUUGACCGGGAACCUCCGCAUUUUCAUAACUGUGGGCUCUGACCCUCACCUCUGCUCCCCUAUGUACCACUUCCUGGGGCACCUCUCCUUCCUGGAUGCCUGUUUGUCUACAGUGACCGUGCCCGAGAUCAUGGCGGGCCUCCUGACUGUGGAUGGGAAGGUGAUUUCCUUUGAGGGCCAUGCUGUACAGCUUUACUGCUUCCAUUUCCUGGCCAGCACUGAGUGCUUCCUACACCCGGUCAUGGCCUAUGACCGCUACCUAGCUAUCUGUCAACCCCUACACUACCCAGUGGCCAUGAACAGAUGGAUGUGUGCAGGACUGGCUGGACUCACGUGGGCUGUAGGUGCUGUGCACUCUGCCAUCCACACCUCCCUCACCUUCCGCCUGCUCUACUGUGGUCCCCACCACAUUGCCUACUUCUUCUGUGACAUCCCCCCGGUGCUCAGGCUGGCCUGCGCAGAUGCCACCGUUAAUGAGCUUGUCAUGUUGGCCAACACUGGCGUUGUGGUUGCAGGUUGCCUGAUCCUCAUCAUUGUAUCCUACGUCUUUAUCGUGGCGGAUCCGCACCGCCCAGGGCAGCGCCGUGCCUUCUCCACCUGCACCUCCCACCUCACAGUGGGGCCUCUGUACUACGAGCCACCUCUCUGCAUCUACCUGCAGCCUCACUCCGGGGAGGCAGGAGCUGGGGCCCCUGCUGUCUUCUACACAGUUGUCACUCCCAUGCUCAACCCUUUCAUUUACACUCUGCGGAACAAGGAGGUCAAGCGGGCUCUGCAAAGACUUCUAGGACGAGGCUCGCGAGAUCCUCCAGCAGGCAGCCCACCCUCCUGA